AUGGCCCCCAUCACCCUCCCCCCGUCAUUCUACAACUCCUUCUGGUCCGCCGACUACAGACACGGCCUUCAGAAGCUGUUUCACAAUCUUGAGCAGGGAUGUCUCGAGAAUGAAGAUAUAACCUCUUUCGUGGAGUCCCAAGUACGCGCCCAUCAGAGCCUGGCUAAUGGUCUCCUCCACCCUCCGCCUUCGGUCAGCUCUCCCGACUCUGUAACCUCCCUCUCCCACUCUCUCCUCUCUCUCAAAGGCGCUUCGGUCGGCCGUGGUGAAGCCCAUCUCGGCCUUGCGCAAGAGCUCGAAGAGCGAGUCCUCUUGGCAUGGAAGGGCUGGGUCGAGAGGCACGGCGUGAGAAUCAAAGAGGCCAAGGGAGAUAUGCUUGGGAAGGGCGGUAUCAUCGCUGCAUGGGAAAAGGACGUGCAAAAGCUGGAGACCUUGAAAAAGGCAUACCUGACAAAGUCUCGCGCGGCAGAUGAUAGCGAAGACGACGCCAAGUUUGCCCCUGCCCCAGCCAACAAUGCCAUGUCCCCUCCGCUCGACAAUUACACGUCGUCCCCCAAGACGACCCCGUCCAAGCUCACUGGGGCCAACCUCCGCCGCGCUGGGACAGUCGCAGACCGGAUAUCCGAGAAGCUUCGUGCCGCGUCCGUCAGCAGCGGUUCCAGCGUCGCGCCGUCUUCGCCUUCUCGACACCGCAAUACCUACUCGGUAGACGGCAAGGUCUUGCCGCCUCCUCCGAGCCCUCUCAAAACAGAAGAUUUGACCUCCAGUGGCGGUCCCGAGAGUCCUUCCAGUCCGCGAGAGGAAAGAUUCACGCCGCCAGUCCACCCUGUCGGCAAGCCUGCCGCUUCUGUUGUGGACAACCACGUCUCUCAUGAUGACUCGAUCCUCCUCUCCGGCUUGUCCCUGACCCAGCAAGGGCUCAAAGACAUUCUCAAACAACUCGACCUCUACCUCCUCACCCACCCCGCGCCCAACGCCGAAUCUCCUCUGAUCCCAUCUACAAAGUCCAACGCCGCCCUCGCCAGCCGUCAGCGCAGCACCAUCCUCGGUGUCUACGAAAAGACAUUUAGCGGCGCCGAGGUUGUUGAGUGGCUUACCAACACGGUCGAAGGCUUUGGGGGCGAAUGGGAUAGGUGCGAGGAUGCGGCGACGGAGCUGCACAAGAUGGGAUUCUUCAGCAGGAUCGGGGUUGGUAGAGGGUUUGAUGCAGGGGAUGACACGUACUUCAUCCUCAAGAUCAAUGGUCCGGAGACUACGUCCCAGCUCCCGCUUGGGAUCAACUCGCCCCUCUCCCCCGCGGCAGCCACCAACGCCAUCCCCAGCUUGUUCAAGCAAUACCAAUCCUACCUUCCCGCCUCGCUUGCUAACAGCGACGAGCCGGUCCACGUGCGCCUCCGCCGCGAAGCCACCAAAGCGGACGAAGCGUACCGCGAGGGCGUAUGGAGUGCCGAGGACAAGCGUCUCGAGAUGGAAGAACGUAUCGAGCGCGGACUACGCAUCUGGGAGCGCUGGGAACGCGAACGUCUCGCCGCAGUCAAGCAAGUUCUCAAAGAAUACGAACAUACCCUCGCCAAACUCCCCAGCCGUCUCGCCAAUAUCCAACAAUCCACCGCUCUCUCCGUCGAAGCGUUCAACCCCGACACCGACCUCAAAGCGCUCAUUGAAGGUAACCGCACAGGACCGUUCAGGCCGCAGGCGUAUGUCUAUGAGAGUUUGGAGAGUGAUUUGCCGGAUGUCAAUUUUGGGAUUGAUUUGAGGAGGUGGAGUGGGGAGAGGGGGUGGAAGAGUUUGGUGAGGACGCGUACGAAGAGGAGCAAGGGCGCGAUUCCAGAAGUGCUGGAAGCGAUGUUGAGGGCGUUGAACGAGAUGUACGAGGACCUCUCUGAAGAAGAACGCCGUCGAGGAUGGAUCUACGAAGUCCCUCUGACCGAAACGCACAUGCUUCGCAAUGCCAUCAACAAUCCUCAGAUCGCCAUCGAUGAUAUCGUCAGCAUUGUGAAAAAGUUUAACGUGCCAGUGGCAGCGGGGACGGUCAAGCUGUUCUUGUUGGAACUCAACCCGCCGGUGAUGGGUUGGGAAGGAUGGGAGGACGCAAAGGCGGUCUACCCUGCUAUUGGCGCGGACCAGGAGGUGGACAUGACUAGUGGGGUGUCGAGUGUCUUGGGCAGGUUACCCGCGUCGCAUGUGUAUGCUCUCAAUGCUGUCAUCAAGCACUUGAGAGAUCUUGUGGAUAAGACAAAGUCAAACGAGCCCAAUGAGGUCUACGUGACCAAGUUGGCAUUGAGUGUUGGAAGGACCAUCCUCCGACCUCAACACGAAUCACACCUCACCAUCGGCGACCGCACCCCCUCCCUCUUCCUCGCCGACCUCAUCAACCACUACCGCACCCUCUUCCCUCCCCUCCUGCACAAACUCAAAACCGAAUCCGCCGAACGCACCAUGCCCGUCAAGAAACGCACAGCGCUCGUGGACCAGCGCAUCUCGAGGAGCAGCUUGGGGAGCGAUCAGGAUCCGGGGCAUUUGAUGGAGUUGCAGAGGGCGCAGAUGAGGUCUGUGAGCCCGGCGCCGGGGGCGAGGACGAAAGAUCUGCCGCCGGUGCAUAUCCCUGCGGUGCAAGCGGGUUCGCCGUUCUCGGUACCUGCGCCUCCGCCCAAGGCUGAACCGAGCACGCCGACGCCGCCGCCCAGUAAGCCUGCUGCCAACUCUGUAUCGGCGCUGGGCCUCGGGACGCCUAUUGCGGCCAAGCAAAAGCAGAGACAUGCGGCGGAUAGCGAUGAGGAUGAGCCGUUUGUGCCGCCUAGCUUUGAUAAAGGUAAAGCCCCUGCGGCCAAGCCUCUUGCUGCUCGACGCGGUACGCAUGAUGAAGAGGAAAAGCCAUUCGUCCCUCCCGUGGUCCCUCCCGCUGAAAAGGCGCAUGUACGAGCUGCAGCUCAGCGCGCGUCUAGGGGUAGCGAUGAGGAUGAGCCAUUCGUCCCUCUUGUGACUACCGAAGCACCUGCUCAGCGUGUCCCUGUUCAGCGUGAUGCCCAGGGGAGCGAUGAAGAUGAACCAUUCAUCCCGCCCGUCCCGGCCCAAGCUGCCAAAUCCUCCAUCUCUUCCCGGACCCCAGUCCGUCCCACGGCACAGGGGAGCGAUGAAGAUGAACCAUUCAUCCCUCCUACCGUGGCUACCCAAGCUCCCACGCCCCAGCGCAUCUCGACACACUCCGCGAGGUCUGGUAGUCGAGAUACCUCUCGCGCGGCGAGUCCUGCCCCUUUUUCAGCCGUAUCGGGCGUGUCAAAGACAGAGGACGAUGGUGUACAGGGAGGUACGCUAAAGAGAGGUCCUUCGAGCGAUACAUCCAGGCUCCGAGGGCCGAGGGCUGCUAGAGGACCAAGGCCGGCACCGGGGUCGAUCUCCAAGGGCGGGGAGAGGCCGGAGAGUCCUGCGGGGUUGACGAGUCCGAUAGGAGAGGGCGCAGCGGGGUUGAGGAAGGUUGGGACGAGGCCGUUGAGUGGCGCGGGGAGUAGGCCGGAGACGCCGGGGACUCCUGGGGCUGGGGAGAGGCCUACAAGCAAGUAUGGGCAUAGCACGAGAAACUCUGUGAGCGCUGCUAUCGCCAAGUUUGAACAAAAGUAA